AGAAGAUGGUGCCAUACGACUACAACCGGGUGGUGCUGGACAUGCUGCCGGCCGAGCCGGAGCCCGUCGACGAGGCCGAGUCCGACUACAUCAACGCUUCCUACGUGGACAGCUUGCUGAAGCCGAACGCCUACAUCGUGACACAGGGCCCCAACGAACGCACGCUCAACGACCUCUGGCGCAUGGUCUGGAAGGAGAACUCGCCCUGCAUCGUCAUGCUCACUAAGACGUUCGACUUUAUCAAGGUGAUGUGCGUCCAGUACUGGCCCGUGCUGGUGGACAAGGAGGAGACGUACGGCGACAUCGUCGUCACCGUGCUCAAGGAGGAACAGCUGGCCAACUUCGUCAUCCGCACCAUCCGGCUGAACAAGGACGACCAGGAGCGGACCGUGCUGCAGUUCCACUACACCGAGUGGCCGUGCCACUCGUGCCCCUUCUCCAACGCCAUUCUGGAGUUCCGGCGACGGAUCCGCAUCUGCCUGCGUCACCGCACGCCCGACCUCGACGGACCCAUCGUGGUGCACUGCAGGUCGUCGAUCGUGCCGACCAAUUACCGCGCGGGCGGGGCAUCGGCCGACGACCGCGACGCGUGCUGA